AUGACUCUCCUGCUAUAUUGUUGGUUAGCAGAUUCUUUAAUUGUUGCGAAUAUGGAGAGGACACAAAGGUUUUUGGUUUUAGGAUGUCUUGCAAUCGCGUUUUCAUUGUUCUUGCAUGUUGAUUCUGCUGCCAACACUUCUGACAGAUGGAUUCCAAAGAAAGGUGAACAGAUGUCAUCUUCUCCACUCAAACUGUAUAAACGGGGUGAUCGUGUGAUAUUGGACAAUGGCAUUGUUAAACUCACAUUAUUGUCUCCAAGCGGUUACAUCGCAGGAAUACAAUACAAAAAUACCGAGAAUGUACUAGAGAAUCGUUUUAAAGAAUCGAGUAGAGGGUAUUGGGACAUUGUGUGGAGUAGGCCACAUGAGAGCAAAAGUUAUUUCGACACGAUUCAAGGGACGAGUUUCAAAGUUAUAGAAGAAACGGAAGAUAUGAUAGAAGUUUCAUUCAAGACAACUUGGAAUUCUUCUCGUAGCUACUCUAUUCCCUUGAAUAUCGAUAAAAGGUAUAUAAUGUUGCGCGGUGUUUCUGGUUUCUAUUCUUAUGCAACAAUGGAACAUUUGAAGGGAUGGCCUGAUCUAAAUAUUGAUGAAGCAAGGAUUACUUUCAAGCUUCACCAAGACCUGUUCCAUUAUAUGGCUGUAUCAGACAACUUACAAACACCCAUGCCAACAGACUAUGAUCGUAUAGGAGGUCGAGUGCUCGACUAUAGAGAAGCCGUUUUGUUGACAAAGCCUAGCAAUCCAACCCUCGAAGCCAAGGUCGAUGACAAGUAUCAGUACUCAUACGACAACAAGGAUAGUUUGGUGCACGGGUGGAUUAGCUCUCGUCCACACGUAGGGUUUUGGGUGAUAACUCCAAGUAAUGAAUUUCGUGCUGGUGGUCCAAUAAAAAAUGAUCUUACAUCUCAUGUUGGCCCAACUUCUUUAGCAAUAUUUUUCAGUGGUCAUUACGCUGGUUCUGAUUUCGGGAUUAGAUUACGAAAUGGAGAGCCGUGGAAAAAGGUGUUUGGCCCAAUUUUUAUAUAUCUCAACUCAGGAAUUUGGGCAGAUGCUAAAAAACAGAUGCAAAAAGAAACCCAAAAGUGGCCAUAUGACUUUCCACGUUCAGAAGAUUUCCCUCAUGCCAAUCAACGGGGUACCAUUAACGGUCGAUUAUUAGUCCGUGACAUGUACCUUAAUCCACAUUUCAUGCCUGCAAAAUCAGCAUAUGUGGGGUUAGCUCCACCGGGAGGUGUCGGAUCUUGGCAAACAGACACUAAGGGUUAUCAAUUUUGGAGUCAAACCGAUGAAAAUGGGUACUUCACAAUAAAAGCCAUUAGAGGAGGCAAAUAUAGCUUGAACGCUUGGGUCCCAGGAGCGAUGGGAGACUAUAAAUAUGAAACUGAUAUAGUCGUCAGACCAGGAAGCCAAAUUCAACUCGGCAAUCUUGUAUAUAAUCCUCCAAGAAAUGGUCCGACCCUAUGGGAAAUUGGAAUCCCUGAUCGUACUGCUACUGAGUUUUAUGUGCCUGAUCCAGCGCCUCAGUUCAGGAACCAUUUAUUUAUAAACCACACAGAGAAGUAUAGACAGUACGGUUUGUGGAAUCGAUAUACAGAUUUGUACCCUGAUAAAGAUCUAGUUUACACAGUAGGCAUCAGUGAUUACAGAAAAGAUUGGUUCUUUGCCCAUGUCAAUAGGAGAAUGAAUAAUGGCGACAAGUUUGAAGCAACCACAUGGCAAGUUUUGUUUGAUUUAAAAUAUGUGAGGAGGAGAGGAACUUAUACGCUCCAGAUAGCUCUAGCUUCUGCCAGUUAUGCUGAAAUACAAGUUCGGAUCAAUAACCCAAACGCAACGCAUCCUCAUUUCACUACGAGGUUGAUAGGUAGGGAUAACGCAAUUGCAAGACAUGGAAUUCAUGGAUUAUACUCGCUGUAUUCCGUCAAUGUAUCAGGAUCUCAACUCGUGCAUGGAAGAAAUACGAUAUAUCUAAAGCAAUCAAGAAGCGAAAAUCCUUUCAACGGUGUUAUGUAUGACUACAUUCGCUUUGAAGGGCCACCAAAAGCCAAUAACUAG